AAUUUGACGUCAUAUAGUCGCUCUAUUUCACUAUUGUAAUCAAACCAGCAGUUGUUGUUUAGAGUUAGUAUAAUCUCAUAGAUCUUCAUGCAUUUAAAUGCAUUAGGAGCUUUUAUAUUCAAUGACACUUUGUUAAAACGAUUCUACAGCAUGGAGGCAGAUGGUGUUUAGCAGGAAGCAGGGAGAAGCUCGUCAAAUGAGUGUCCCAUUUCUCUAGGAUGUAUUGUGACCUUACUAAAGGAGAUGCAGCCUGGACUAUGCACUGUUUCCCAAAUGUUUCCUGAAGGUUUUUCACUUGGCUUUGAGCUGCUGCUCAGAUGUGCACGUCUUCGCAGCCAAUCAGAUGGGCUGUGAAAUCCGCCUCGCAUGGCUCCUUCUGUGGCAGCAUAAGCCAUCCGAGGGGUGAAAACAAAGUGAGAGCAGGAGGCAAACAGACAGUGAGCAGAGCAGUGAACGCAGGGAGGAGGAGGAGGAGGAGGAGGUGGGGGUGAAGUAGGAGCAGAGGAGAGGAGAGGAGGAGCUGGGAAAGCACCAGAAGAGGCAGACGGAGCGCACAAAUGAGCAGAAAUAGACGGAGGAAGCAGCGGCAGCAAACACUCAGAGCAGGGUCUCAGAUAUCAGACAAUCUGCUGCUGACAUCAGGACCAGAACAGAACCGGAGCUCCAGGAACUUUACUCUCUGCCUGUCUGAGGUGGUACUGAGCAGCGGAGGCGCUUCUCUCCUCCAGGUUUCUGAAUCAGCUCUGAGCAGCAGCAGCAGCAGCAGAGAGAGCAGCAUCGACACAUUAAAUCAGCUGCAGCGUGAAGCCAGGCGGAGUGGAUGCUGCUGAUUCCUCUGAGAGCAGCAGCCGGGCUUUCACUCAGGCUGGGUCCACAACAAGACGGGACGGGCUGAAGCUAAAUAUCUACUGGAGGGGAGUCAAACUGGACCAUCAGCAGGGCGCACUGAGCGGGCCGCUGGGUUCUGAGCUGAUCCGUCUCCUUCGCUGAUGGACAGCAGGCGGACGCAACACCUCAUCCAACAUCAACACGGUUGGUGAGCAGAGUUACAGCUCCUGAAAGCUCUUCAUUGAGUCAAAUUGUCUUAAGAGUGAGAAUGAGAGACCAGCUAUAGUCUGACGUCUCCAUCUGAGGUUCUUAAAACAUUGAAUCAAGAUGAGAUGAACCACAGGACGCGAAGGAUGUGAACAGCUCUGAUUCUUUCUGAAGUUUGACAGACAUUUGCUGGAGGUUCACACCAUCCCGCUGGUGGUAUCAUGCUUGCUGCUGCUAGUUACAUCGGUUCCCUGCAGGGGGCGAUGUCGUCUCCAUGGUCUGUGGCCGUACUGAUGGUCUAUCUGCAGUUUAAUCCUGUCCGACCCGGCGCCUGCCCGUCCCGCUGCCUCUGCACCUCAGACAUACUGAGCUGCUCAGACCAGGGUCUGGAUACGGUCCCGGGAGCAAUUCCCAUUUCUACGGUCACUCUGGACCUGAACCACAACCAGAUCCUGCAGCUGGAGGAGGACAGCUUCCAGGGUCUUCUUCAGCUGGAGGUGUUACGUUUAGCACACAACCAGCUGACCACAAUCCAACCCGGAGCAUUCAGGAACUCCUCUGGAGGUCUACUCAGACACCUAGACCUGUCAAGCAAUCAGCUGCAAACCCUAAAGCAGGACUACUUCCAGGAUCUGCCUGGACUGGAGGAACUGCUGCUGUUUAAUAACCGGAUCAUGCUUGUGGAGAGCACAGCCUUGUCCGGACUCGAAAACCUCCAAAAGGCCUAUUUAAGUCACAACCGCCUCACAGACUUCCCUUUCUUCAGCAUCCAGGGGAGCAGCCAUCCCCAGCUGUCCCUGCUGGACCUGUCCUCCAACCGGCUGCCCAAGCUGCCUCUGGUGGACAUCAACAACCUGCCCACAUCUCUGCAGAAGGGACUCUAUCUGCACAACAACUCGCUGGUGUGCGACUGCUCCAUGUACUCCCUGUUCAGGUUGUGGGAAGAGAAAGACUUUGCCUCUGUCCGGUUCUUCAAACAAGAACAUGUCUGUCUGGUCCACGGCAUCCAACGAAGUGGGAUACGGUUCCUGCACAGUCGCUACUUUGAUAAAUGCAACCCGACAGCUGCGAUAGAGCAGGAGGCCGAUGUGGAGGUGAGGUUGGGGGCGCCGCUGCUGCUACACUGCAUCACAUCUCUGUCUGGGAACAGCGUCACAUUUUUCUGGAUCGUUCCAGACCUGGAGUAUGUGGAUCCACCUGGGAACAAUAAAUCAAUCAAGAUGUUCAAAAACGGCAGCCUGGAGGUCGUGGCAGCCCAAAUGGAGGACGCAGGGAUCUACGUGUGCAUGGCUCAAAACGGCCAGCGGAAUGAGUCCAGGGAGGUCAACGUGACGGUGCUGCCGCGCCACGACGACGAGGCCGCAGAGCCGUUCAACACGGGCUUCACCACCCUGCUGGGCUGCGUAGUCAGCCUGCUGCUGGUCCUCAUCUACCUGUACCUCACACCCUGCCGCUGCCCCCCCUGCCUCAGGCCCCGCCCCCCGGUCACCGCCACCCUGAGUCAGAGCAAAGAGGGCGGGGCGGGCAGCGCCCAGUCCUCCAUCCUCACCCCGACCCCGCCGACCACCACGGAGGGCCCGGGUCGCAAGGUCAGUACCAACAAGCGUGUGGGGUUCCUGGAGCCAAUCAGGGAGCAGCAGAACGGCAGGCUGAGGGGCGGGGCGGGCUUCCUGCUGGGGGCGGAGCCACAGCAGCGAGCCGCGGAGACAAACUCUUACGUGUCAGUCUUCCCAGACACACCCAUAAUGUUGCCAUAGCGACAACACUCACCUCGGAACUGGUAGUGCCCUCACCCCCUCCCCACCAACACCUCCCCCACCUCACCCCUCACCGCCACGCACUGCAGACCUGAGCACUGCCCCCCCUCAACUCGCUCCAAGUGCAAUUCUGAUCCAGAUUACUGUUAGCUCAGGUCUGCCCACUGAGCCCCAGAACCGCUGCACUGUGACGGGUCGGGCUCAGACCCACAGAACCGCCAGAGUUCAGACCAAAGACAGAGAGGCCCCCUUUAAACCGAACUCCAGGGCGGGGGGCUGCAUGAACCGCUGCUAAACACGUCCCUUUAAGCACGGCUUGUCCCUUUAACAGAACCGAUGCCUUCGAAUCUCCGUUAGAAAUAUUUUUUUUAGAGUUCUGUAGCUUCCUAUUAGUGUUUAUUGAGCCUUCGUGUGGUUAAAUGUUUCUGCUCCUCUGAGACUAAACUGUCUUCAAGUCAGAGACGUUAGUAAAUAAGUGUGAAAAACGAUUGGCUGUUUAUCUGCCUGUAGGAAACAGAUUCCAUUUAGAAACCAGCUGAAACCAUUUGGAAUAUCCAAAGGUUCUCUUCUCCACUCCGCUCACAUUAAAGCGAGGCGUUUCUUUGUCUUUAUGGUCUCACUGCAUCCAGAGCACCUUGUCUUGUCUCUACCUGUGUUAAUAAACCUCCAUAUGCAACCUGCCUGGUUACUGUGUGCCAGUGUGUGUCUGCACAGUCACAUCCUGCAUGUUCAACCUGGAGGAGCAGGUGGAAAACAACCAU